UCCUCGGAGCACAAGCUGACGGGAUCCGUCGAUCGUCAGAGCUCGCAGCGAACCGCAUCGGAGGAGCUGAUGCCCGCUUCGGAUGACACGGCCGACGGCGCACGAGUUUUCCGACAGGGACGUGCAUGAGAUGAGACCCGCAUUCAUUUGAACAUAACUAACGCGCCUAUUUGCAGCUAUUGGAGGUGUAUUGCAACCAAAGGAAACGUAUGAAGUUAUGGAUUGUAGAUGGACUAUAUAAAUAUCAUCUUUUUGGCUUUUUUAAACUCGGUUUCAGAGUGACUUGCUCGCUGUUUUAUUCGAUUUUAUUGACCGAGCGCAUUUUUUUAUAAACCCUCACAAUGUUCCAGCACAACAAGAAGUGCUUCACCAUUGAAUCUCUUGUCGGUAAAGACUCCAAUUCCUCAAGUGCCGCCGCGGACGAGCCCAUCAGACCGACCGCGCUGAGGUUUACUGAAUCCAUCCAUCCUUCUCCCUUCGGGAGCUGCUUCCAGAACUCGGGCAGGACGUUGUACAGCAGCAGCCCGGAGAUGAUGUUCGCGGACCCGGCCACUCACUCCAGCAACUCCGGCCUGUCUCUGCGGCACCUCCAGAUCCCCACGCAGCCCUUCUUCAGCCCCCAUCAGAGGGAAACCUUGAACUUCUACCCGUGGGUGCUGAGGAACAGGUAUCUGGGACAUCGAUUCCAAGGUGACGACAGUAGCCCGGAAAACCUGCUGCUACACGGACCUUUCUCUCGCAAGCCCAAGCGCAUCCGCACGGCCUUCUCCCCAUCGCAGCUGCUCCGGCUGGAACGUGCCUUUGAGAAGAACCAUUACGUGGUGGGAGCCGAGAGGAAGCAGUUAGCCAACGGCCUGUGCCUGACGGAGACACAGGUGAAGGUCUGGUUCCAGAACAGAAGGACCAAACACAAGAGACAGAAGCUGGAGGAAGAGUCGCCGGACUCGCAGCAGAAGAGGAAAGGUAGCCAGCACGUGAGCCGCUGGAGGGUGGCCACUCAACAGGGCAGCCCCGAGGACAUCGACGUCAUUUCAGAAGACUGAUAUCGCGCGGCUAACGAACAUCGGUCACGCUGAUGGAUCCCUGCCACACACACACAAAAAAAAACAAGACAUUCUCCAGACUUUGUCGCGAGUUGAACUCGGCUCGUAAACUGAGGAACUGAGUCAGUGCGCGGCUGAACAAAGACCCGACCGGAAGACUUCUGUAUGCAAUACACAUGGACCUCUUCGUUUUGGAUCGCGUUCCAUCUCAGAGCAAUGAAGACUUUUUUUGUACGCUUUCUUUUGUUACUCUUCUCUCUCGCUCCUUUGUCAUCCGUCAGAACAUUUCCAUUAUAAAGUAGUAUAUCGGACGGCAAAGGUAUGAUUAAAAACCACCUUAAUGACUAGAUCGAUAAAUGUUCGUAGUGUUAAAUUGCUUUAGACAUUCUAAACACCGAUAGGUUGAUCCAGUGUGUGAAUCAAAAUAUCACUCGUUAGAUGUGCUUCUGAAAAACUGGAUGUUUGUAUUUGACGAGAUGUCAUUAUUUUACGAACCCGGGGCGAAUUCAAAGCGGUGGAAUACCCUAGAAAAUCACUAGUGCCGUUUGACAUAUUUAUUCUGAAUGAGUGGACUUUUCUAUGCAUUUGAGCUCCAAACCCAAAUUUUUAUUUUGCGUUUUACAUCGGGGUUAAAGCUUACGAAAGAUUUUACUUGCAUCGCAGUGAGAAUUAUUUUACUUUCUUUUUUUUUACUGGCUCUUGAACUGAUGUCAAAUAUCAGCGACCUAGAGAAAGCUUAGAAAAUGCUUGAAUAUCUUUCUUCGCUCGAUUAAAAAUCUCAGUCUAACCUCCAAGACCCAGAAUGGUUUGUAGCACUUCGUAGUUUCUUGAUUGGGUUUCGUUUGAUGUGAAAAGCACUGUAAUCCCAUCUGUUCAUCUUCAUUGUUCAGGCGUUUUUUUUUUUGUUAUGUGUUUGUUUAACUUUUUUUCUGCAGACUAUUAGAUAAUAAAACUUUAACUUAA